CUCAUAAUUGGUCAAAACUUUUUGAUGCAGAUUUUUAGCCAAUCAGCGAUCUGUAUUUUUAGUCGUAUCGUUGACGAGUUAGGCACCUGCAGACCAAUCAUUUCUAUACUGUGAGUUCAAGAUGGAGUUGGUAACACUGCCUUCGUUCGUGUUCCUACCCCCACUUUUUUUGCGUGGAUAAGUCACACAAAUUUUUAGAGCCACGAAAGUUAUUUGCGUUUGCAGAGUGUUUUUAGCGUGAGCUACGCUCGAGGAGCGUUUUGUGUGAAUAGCCACAGCGAAAAACAUGACACAGUUUUUACCGCCGAACUUGCUAGCACUAUUUGCUCCACGCGAACCUAUACCAUAUCUACCACCGGCCAGCAAACUACCGCACGAGAAGAAGAAUGGAGGGUACACCGGCGUUGGGGAAUUCCUCAAAUUCUUCGAAGAUCCAAAAGAUACACCACCACCAGUACGAGUGGAAACCCGUGAAGAACGUCUUGAGAGACGUAGGCGGGAACGUGCUGAACAGGUGGCAUAUAAACUUGAACAAGAAAUAGCAGUGUGGGAUCCUGCUGGCAUUCCAAAUGUCACAGCAGAUCCUUUUAAAACUCUUUUUGUAGCUCGCAUAAACUAUGACACUUCGGAAUCAAAAUUACGGAGAGAAUUUGAAGUAUAUGGACCUGUUAAAAAGAUUGUUGUUAUCCAUAACACGAUCAAUGGCAAGCCUAGGGGUUAUGCAUUCAUUGAGUAUGAGCACGAGAGAGAUAUGCACUCGUGGUGGCCGCUGCCGGCAACUAGUGCCGUUCACUAUUCCAUGCAAUCCCUGAACCUGCCUGAUAUGAUAGCUGCGUAUAAGCAUGCAGAUGGUAAGAAAAUAGAUGGUCGGAGAGUAUUGGUUGAUGUGGAACGCGCCCGAACGGUAAAAGGAUGGCUUCCUCGAAGACUUGGUGGCGGUCUAGGCGGUACGCGACGAGGAGGACCUGACGUCAACAUAAAGCACUCCGGCAGGGAAGACAACGAACGCGAACGCGAACGAUAUCGUCUGGAGCGUGAAAGGGAAGCCUGCGGUCGGGGUCUUGAUAGAGACAGGGAUCGUGAUCGAAUGGACCGUGAGCGUAGAAGAUCUCGAGAUCGCAAGAGACGCUCGAGAAGCCGAUCACGUGAUCGUAAGCGUAGACGCAGCCGCGAGCGUCUCCCGGAUCCUGAUAUAGAAGAGAUCGAACGGGAGGAGAGACCUCGUGAAAGGCGGGAUCGUGAUCGUGAUCGUGAGCGCGAUCGUAAGCGCAGACGCUCCAGGAGUAAAGAGCGCGAACGCGACAGGGGGGAACGUAAGCGUGAUCGACGCGAUCGUGAUCGUGAACGACGAGACCGAAAAGAUCGUGGUGAUCGAGAAGAGGAAGACGUCAAGGAGGUUCGCAUUAAGGAGGAGCCUCUUGAUGAUUAUCCCGACUACAGCAACACCUUCUCUGCUUCAACUUCGUACUUUACUUCCGUGAAGUAUGAGGACGACAACGAGCACGAAGUCGAAGAGAAGUACAGAAUUCCUGACGGCGACAGCAACGGUCGUCCUGAUCAACCACCGUACAAUAAUUAUGAUUCUGUCCCUGAUUAUUGAAAGACCCAUUUAUCAAUGGCUUAUUUCCUUUAUCUUUCUCCGCACGGCGAGUUCAUACAAUAAUUAGAAAACAGUGUUGUAUUUCAUAAUGUUUACUAGUAUAACUGAAAUCAUGUUGCAACCUUGAGCAUUGGGUUAUAUUACAAUGCGUCCAUUGCGACAGGCUUAUCGCGCUGCUCGGGCUACAUUAUCCCUCAUGGAAACGAGACACGAUGCUUUGAGGAACUGUCAUGCAAUUAAGUCCAUGUGCCAGAAUCGUUAACAUGCGUGGUAAUGGACACCAGGAAGACGCGCACGAGUCUGUUGCUUUCAUAGCAAACACUUGACAAACAAUUAAUACAAUUAAAGUUAUAAUUACAGCAGUCUUAUCAAGGAAUCCAUCGUAUAUAACCCUUAGGAAGCAAAUUGACAGAGCUUACGUUGUAACAAACAAUUCUGUACAUAGAAGUACGUUCAUUCUGCACAGAACAUUGACUGCUGUAUGUAUAUUUAUACAUAUAGAAAAUAAAUGAUGUGAUUGGUAGCAGUU